UGCUGACAGCUGCCGGACGGUGCGUAGGUUUUUUGAGUUCGUAAAUAAAGGAAGCCCAGGAACUGUUAUUGUGUUACAUACAGUUUACAUUCGGAACUGAAGAGUGACGGAGAGAAGUUAGUUGGCUUGUUUAGUAGCUAAAGGUGAAAAUUUUGCACGAGAGUUGUUCGUCAUGUAUUUGUAAAGAUUACCGCUUAGCUGGUGUUCCCCAACAGUUGUAUUUCACGCAUUUGAUAUAAUGGGGCUGCAUCGACCUGUAGUUCGUGUUCUCAGUCUUGGUCGCAUUUCAUAUACAGGUGGGCUGCAAUUUCAGAGUGAAUGUGUUCGCCGUCACAAAAAUGGACUGAGCGGCUGUGUACCUGUUUCAGAGACCGAGCCUUUGGAUACUCUGCUUUUAUGUGAACACAGUCCACCUGUGUACACUGUCGGGAUGCGACAAGCUGCGUAUCCUUCUUCUGAAGAGGCUAGGCUCCGGCAGCUGGGUGCUGAAUUUUUCCGAACUGACCGAGGUGGGCUUAUAACAUUUCAUGGUCCUGGGCAGCUAGUAUGUUAUCCAGUGCUGAAUCUUGCCCACUUUCAGCGAAAGAGUAUACGUUGGUAUAUAGACCAAUUGGAGCGAACCAUGAUGGAGUUAUGCCAUAGGUACGGGCUUGAAACCAGCACGUCAUCUGACCGAGGUAUUUGGGUCAAGGACAACAAGAUAUGUGCUGUUGGAGUUCACUGUGGCCGGUAUAUAACAUCUCAUGGACUAGCACUGAACUGCAACACUGACCUCAGGUGGUUUGAGCACAUAGUACCUUGUGGAAUUGAAGGAAAAGGUGUCACCUCCUUGAGCAAAGAACUGAAGAGGAAUGUGACUGUUGCUGAGGUCACGCUGCCUUUCCUAGAGGUUUUUGAGCAACAGUUUAUGUGCACGUUAACCAUCUCUGAAAUGAGGGACACAUCAGACGGCUUUGCAGCUUGGUUGUAACUGAAGUAUCAUUAAGAAGAAAAGCUAUGAUGCCUUCAUGUUAUAGCCAGGAAGAGGGAGCUGCCACAUGCCCUGCUGCAUUCUUUGAAAAAGGAACGAAGAAAUAAGAAUGUGUUACCUGUCUGCAUAAUAACUGAAUACCAUUGGCUGUGGGUUGUAGGCCUGUUUUGAAAGUUUUAUGCACUUUAUAUGGGAUUUAUGGUAAUAAGUUUACACACAGACAAAUCUGAUACAAAUGCUUUUUUUUUUUUUUACACUGUCCAGUCUUUGCUCACAGGUAUGCUAACUACUCAAUGACAGUAUGGUAUAAAGAUGUUUAUAAAUUGAUAUGUUAUGCUGAAUAUUUAUAUUUUUGUACAAGUAAUUUACUAUUCCGAUGUAACUUUCAUAUGUUUCAUUGCAGGACAAUGUAAAACUCUAAUUCUGUAAUCCUGUGAAAAGCAGGAAGUAUUUUGCAGCACAAAUAUAUAACAAUUAAAUUUAUCUGCACCGCAAAAGUUUCUCAUAGUGUGCAAGUUUUUAAAACUUGGUUACAUAGGAUUUAUUGUUGUAAUUGUUUUAUGUUGUCAACAUAUGAUGCAGAUAUUUGCUAAUUCUAAAUGUUCUGCUUACAAAAUUAAAUGUAUUUUUUUUUUU